UACGUGUUCGCAAACUCACCACUACAUGAUAAGUAGAAGACAAAACUUUUUUUUUUUUUUUUUUUUUUGUAAACUUAGUAGAAGACAAAACUUACAGCCAAAUAGCUAAACUUAUCUCUCUCCAAAACAUUUGGUCCAUACGAUAAAGCAAGAAGAAGAGGAACAAGAUGAAGCAUGAAAUGAGUAACAUGAAGCUACGAUGCAUAUCCUUCUUCUUUCUUCUCUUCGGUUUGCUUCUUGGAAAUUUUAUAGUCGAAGCUUCAAAAGCUCGUUCUAUCGACGAUACGCUUUCACUUCCCCGACAAGUCCAUCUCCCGUACUCAAGGAGGCAUAUGAUUGGGUCGACGGCACCAACUUGCACUUACAACGAAUGCAGAGGAUGCAGAUACAAAUGCAGAGCUGAACAAGUCCCCGUUGAAGGCAAUGAUCCUAUCAACAGUGCUUAUCAUUACAGAUGCGUUUGUCAUAGAUAAUAAUGAUAAUCUCUUUUUUUUUUUGGUAAACUGAUAAUCUCUUCUUUUUGCACUUCUAUUGCAUCUUUUGUAUCGGCUUAAUUGCAUUUUGUUUUUUGAAUGAGAUGUUUUGGUCAAAAUUAUACUUCAUCUUUCUCAUAUUAGAAGAUGGCGUACAGUUUUUUUUUCCUGUAUUGGUUAAUUUGUUUUGAAGUUUCCAUGCAAAUUAAUUUUAAUAGUGUA